AUGGGAGAUAAGCUUUCGAAUGAUAUACCUCAAUCAAAUGUAACUCCUGAAAGUUAUCUUAGCGACGUUCAAAAUUCAGUAAACCACGACAUUCUUCUAAAAAAAUUAAAAAUUUAUGGAAUAAAAGGCAUGGCACUCUGUUGUUUGCGAUCAUAUCUAUCAGACAGAAUCCAAUAUUGUCAAGUAAAUGAUCACCUGUCAGACCCCCUAACUGUGAAGACCGGAAUACCACAAAGCUCGGGAUUAGGUCCAUUAUUGUUUUUGAUCUAUAUUAAUGAUUUUCCAAAAUGUUUAAGACACACUAGACCAGAUAUGUUUGCCGAUGACACCCAAAUUGCAACAUCUAAUAGCGAUAUCAAUGUGAUCUUAGAGAAUCUUAACACAGAUUUAAUAAAUGUUUCGACUUGGAUGUCAGCUAAUAAAUUAACUCUGAACAAUAAAAAACAGAAUUUAUGGUUAUAG